AGAAACAAUAGACCGUCACUUCCUGUUUAGAAGUCGAACCGCGGACGUGGAAAAAAUACGUCCGCAUAAACUUAAUGAUUAGUUUGUUGUCAACAUGACAUGAGGUUAUAACUUAAGAUAAAAACCAAUCUAACAGACCUUAAUAUUCAGAAUGAUGAUCAGCAACAGAAAACUGCAGUAUUGUAAAAUCAUCUUGGCCACAUCCUUGGUGUGGUUCCUGAUAGAUGUCAUUCUACUCAUGUAUUACACUGACUGUGCUGCUAUGGGAAACUCUAGUGAUUGUAAUAAUAAAGACAAUACAAAACAACACAAAAAAGAAGAAAAAGGAUUUUUUGAAAAAAUUCUGCCUAAAAACCCAGAAAUUAAAUCUUUUGAAGCAAGAAGCAUUUGGAUUUCUCCUUUACCGGAGAAAAAACAACAUAUAUUGAGGCGGAACCCAACAGGACCAGGAGAGAUGGGUAAAGCUGUGGUCAUACCUCAAGAUAAGCAGGCGGAAUCAAAGGAAAAGUUUAAGAUUAAUCAGUUUAAUUUACUGGCCAGCGAUAUGAUGUCUUUAAAUAGAAGUUUGCCUGAUUAUAGAAUGGACGGUUGUAAAAGAAAGUCCUAUCCUACAGGUUUACCGAAAACGAGUGUAGUAAUAGUUUUCCAUAACGAAGCUUGGUCAACGUUAUUACGUACUGUACACAGUAUUAUAAACAGAUCUCCAGUAGAAUAUUUAGAAGAAAUUAUACUGGUGGAUGAUGCCAGUGAAAGAGAUAAUACAAAGGCCCAUAUGGAGCAUUUAGGACAACAGCUAGAUGACUAUGUAGCAAAAUUACCAGUUAGGACUUAUGUUUUAAGAUCAGAAUCAAGAACUGGUUUAAUAAGAGCCAGAUUGAAAGGUGCUGCAGCUUCUAAAGGGAAGGUCAUUACUUUUCUGGAUGCCCAUUGUGAAUGUACAGAGGGAUGGCUUGAACCACUUCUAUCAGAAAUACACAAAGAUAGAACUGCAGUUGUAUGUCCCAUUAUUGAUGUGAUCAGUGAUGAUACAUUUGAAUACAUUCCUGGAUCAGAUAUGACAUGGGGAGGGUUUAAUUGGAAAUUAAAUUUCCGCUGGUACCCAGUUCCUCAGAGAGAGUUGGACAGGAGAGGUGGAGAAAGGAGUAACCCAACAAGAACACCUACAAUGGCAGGAGGACUAUUUUCUAUAAGCAGAGAAUACUUUUAUGAGAUAGGAUCCUAUGAUGAAGGAAUGGACAUAUGGGGAGGGGAGAAUUUAGAAAUGUCAUUCAGGGUAUGGAUGUGUGGAGGCAAAGUGUAUAUUGUUACCUGUUCCAGAGUGGGCCAUGUCUUCCGUAAAACAUCACCUUAUUCAUGGCCAGGGGGUGUGGCUAGAAUUAUCAAUCACAACACACAGAGAAUUGUAGAAGUUUGGAUGGAUGAAUAUAAAGACUUCUUUUAUAAAAUUAAUCCAGGUGUUAGAAGUACCAGCUAUGGAGAUGUGAAAGAAAGACAAAGUAUGAGAAAAAGACUACAAUGUAAAAGUUUUAGAUGGUACCUAGAAAAUGUUUACCCUGAGUCACAGUUACCAUUAGAUUAUUUUGCACUGGGAGAGAUAAGAAAUAAAGCAACUAAUAAAUGUAUAGACAGCAUGGGUAGAAAAAGUGGUGAAAAAACUGGACUUGUCCACUGUCAUAGUCAAGGAGGAAAUCAGAUUUUCUCUUAUACUAAAAAGAAAGCUUUACAGACUGAUGAUGUUUGUUUGGAUGUGUCAGCCAUAGGCGGCCCUGUUAAAUUAUUUCAGUGUCACGGUUUAGGGGGUAAUCAAAAAUGGGAAUAUGAUCAACAGACCUUAGAACUGAAGCAUGUUAACAGUAAACAGUGUUUAGGAGGAAAACAAAAUGAUAAUGAACCAACUGUGGGUACUUGUGAUGGUAGCCAAAGUCAAAAAUGGAUAAUCAAAGAUAUGAAAUGGUGAAAAAAAGUUAAAAUAAUUCCAAAAAAAUAUCUGUGAUAAAAUGGAGUAAUAAUGUGAUUUACCCGUCAAUAGUGAUUGGUGGAUAAAACAUGAUUGUCCUGUAAAGAUGGACAGCUGUGUGAACAGGGAAUGUGUUCUAUAAACAAAAACCUGUUAUAGUAAAGAUAAAAGAAGAACAUAUCAGUCAGGAUAGAAAUAAUUCAUCAUCACAUAUUCAGUUUUCAUGUAAAUGUAUUAUGGUUUUUCUUAAGAAAAAGAAUUUGCAGGACAUUUCUUUAUCUAGUUUUAACCUUGUUUGAAUUUGUAGUUUGACAUUCAUGUUAGAUAAGGUAGCCACUGAGAAAUCAUGGGCAAGGUAUUUGGUCACACAACGAACGUUUACCUCCGUCAAUGUUAAUAUGGAAUGUUACCAAUUAUUGGAUCUUCUGUAAUGCAAUUACACUAAGAAUUUUGUUUAAAAAAAAUGGUAUUCUGAUACUUGAAUGUUGACAGUUAGAAAUUAAAAACGUUUCUUGGAAAUCUUUUCAUGUAAUUCUUUUUAGUAAAAAAAAGUAGAUGAGCAUUAGAUAAUUGACAUUAAAAUUCUGUUUUUCAAAAGCUUUUAGAUGCAUCAUUUAGUUUCACUCAUUAAAAUAUAUAUAUAACUGGAAAAGUAUUAAAGUCUAUUACAAAAUAGUCUUAAUCUUGACUUUUUUCUGAAUAGUAUACAAAAUGUGCUUAGUAUUUUAAAGAAUAUCUAUGCAGACA